AUGUGUUUGCUUCCGAUUUUGGUAUGGACUUGAAAGAUUUCCAAAAACUACUCAUAGCUUGAGGAUCAUAAUGAAUGAAAAAAAAAAGUCUGAAAAAAAUGGUGAAGCAUUAAGCAUAGGAAAGCUCGCAAGUCACAAAAUGUCGGGCGCAAUUUUUAAAUAAAGUCUAUGCUUUCGAAAUGAAAAUUCCCAGACAAUUAUUCAAAUCGCCGAUGCCGUCGUGCCAAUAAUGGACCAAAUACGUUGGACGCAUUUUCGAGGUUUCCAAUAUGCGGUUCGUUUUCCAAGGUAGAGUAAUUAGUUUUUUUUUGUUAAAAUCCAGGUAAUGAAUGACCAGGCGAAUAAUAUAGUGGACGCCUUCGAAAAUUGCCUCGAGAAAGGCGGAUGGCCCGCUUUUCCGCUAGACAAGGCGGAAAGCGAAUUUUUUGGCCGUUUGCUCGGUAUUUUCCAAAAAAAAAUUGAUAUUGAUCAAAAAAAAAAUUCAGAUCAACGGAGGGGAAAAGGUGCGAUAGCGUACAUGUCCGUAACAAGGGAGGUUGGUUUUUUUGAUUUUUUGUUGAAAUUUUGAGGAUUUCUGACGGUGAGUAUAUUCAAAAAGUUGACAUUUUUAAAAACUCCAGAGUGGUCCCUGUAGGGGCCACCUUAGCUACCCUCGAAGUUUCCCCUAUAGGGGCCAGUAAAGCUUUCUAGAGAGGACCCUAUAGGAUACAUGCUGGUCGAUUAUUGUUAUGAGGCAUUUUCAUGCGGAAAAAAAACUCAAAGAAUUAGCGAAUCCGAAAAAAAAAGGAUCAAAAGACCCUAUAGAGACUCUUUGAGCUAUAGGAUCUUAGAAGUCAGACCGUGAAUCCCUAAAGGAACCACCCAAAUAUUACCCCUACAAGGGGCGCUUUCCCCUAAAUCCUAUUGGGCCUUUCUCUGGCCUUUCUAAGUUAAAACCCAUCGGUAUAGAUUUAAAAAAUUUCGCUUCAGGACCUUCUUUUGAGUUUUCAUUGUGUGCCUUUAAAGUCUAUAGGCGUAUAUAAAUGAGCUGUUUCUUAAAAUUUUCUGCUGGUUUUUUUUUUGAAAUUUUCCGUUUUGUCACCGAAAUUUCAUGUUUUUUUGCUUUUUAAAUACGUUCAAAAUUGAAUUAUUUGCAAUGGAGCAGACUCGUCUCGUUAAGAAAUAUUUUGGCGCCAGGACCUUUCUAUAGUUUUUCUUAAUGCGCUUUUUGAACCCUUUAAACUUUCAUGAAUGAACUACUGCGCGUUAUUUUUCUGUGUUUUUCCACUUUUAAUUAUUAAUUAAUUGAUUAAGUCUCCAUACACGGUCGACGAGUGGCGAACGGCAAAGGGUCCGAUCAAUUUCGACUUAGUUUCGGAUGAAUCGAUUGACUUUUUGAGCUAUCAUUGUAUGGUGGUUGGUUUCGAUAUUUGUUGUAUGAAAUGAAAUAAAAAGAGUUCUACGAAAAGUGCUUGAAAAUGGAGUUAUGGUAACUUUGAAGCGAAAAAUUGAUUAUUUAAAACAAAAUAAGACCUUAGGAAGUCCUAUCAAAGCCCAAUAUCCCUUCAGUGGCCACUUGAAUUUGAUUCUUGAGGGGUUUUGGUUUCUUGGACAUUCGAAGUGUCUCUUUAGGAAGUGUUUUCAAGCUUAAAUGUCUUUCUAAAUCACUUAAAUGACCACUCAGCAAGUGCUAUCCGACAAGGGAUAACUUGAGCAACCUCAAAACAACUUCAUUUAAUUUUAACGCCUUUUAAGUGGCCACUUUGAGAUGAAUGGAGCUGGUAAAUGUCCCUUAUGCCGUGUUCAAAGUAAUUUCCGCGAAAUGCGAAAUUGUCUCUGACCCUCCAAAAUUUAGUUCUCUUUCUCUUUCUCUGACGGCUAUUUUGAAUUUCGCGGAAUUACUUUGAACACGGCAUUAAGUUUUCACUUUGUCUGAGACCACUUUUUGAGUGGUUUGAGGAUAAAUUUGUUAAGUGGUCCCUUUAGAAGUUUCUCAAAGCAUUCUGCGGUUUUUUUUUCGAAGUUUUGAUCCCUUAAGUGCACUCUUGCAUUUUCUAUCAGAUCAUUAUUCCCUUAAGAGACCUCUUCAGCAUACAUUGAAUUAUUUUAGUACUUCACGAUUAUUUUUGCCAUCAAAAAUUAAUUAUCCCGAAACUUUUUCACAUUUUGAGGUAAGAAUUGAUGGAAGCUGGAGCACGUUACCUUGUACGAUACCAUUUAAAAAGAUCAAUGUUAUUUGCCAACGAGUUUACGGUGAUUUUGAAGAAUUUUCAAUCAAUUUUCUUAACUUCAAACAGAUAGAGCUGGAACUUGGAUGAAAAGGAAGACACAAAAACUGAAAUGCAGUGAGUUUUUCUCCUUUUCUCCUUUUUUCCGAAAAAUUUAAUUUUUUCACUAUCAAUUUCAGGCUGUGUAACAACCGUGACGGUCAUCGCAAGUAUCGGAACGUUCAUUUUUUUGAUGAUCGGCAUUAUUUUGGGUUUCCAUGCUUUAAUGGAGCAAAUUGGACUUUUUGAUGAGGAAUCACAAGAUAUUUCUGAUGAACCUGAUUAUGUCUCCCAAUAAAUCUAAUUCGUCUUGUUCCGAGUUUUUUAUUUUUGUUGCUGAGAAAAACGAAUGAAAAAACUAGUUUUUCAUUCGAAGGCUACUGUACUCAAAGUCUGGUGUGUCUGCGGAACAGGCAUUUAACCCAACGACUGUUUUUUUUCAAAUUUUAGUUUCGAAUUCAUUUUUCACUUUUUUACCUCGCUUCUUCGUAUUUUCGCUUUCACUUUGGUUUUAGUAUCAAAAUUGAAAUUCAGAACAUGGCGGGGAACGGCCCGAUGGCCGUGGAGCACUUGGGUGCCGAAGCGGAAGACUUUUGCGUCUCCCAACAUUUAUAUCUGAAACCGACUGCACUUUUAAAAAUCACUGUUCUUUUGCCAAAGGUUUUUCGAAAUUGAAAAAAUUGUUGAAUUUAAUAACUUUGUGAUUUAGAUGCGGAUACCGGGACAAUCGAUUUCGAAUUGGGAUUUGAUGGAGAGGCUUAAAAAAGCGGUGGCUCCGGUUCAGGUGCUUGGAAGUUUUUCAAAGGCGCUGAGAAUAUCAUUUUUACUGUUAUUUAAUGUAUCUUUUGAGUGAGGAUAUUUAAAAAGACAUUUUUUUUUGCUCCGUUGAACGUAUUAAAUACCCUUGAUUUUCUGGUUUUUCAGCUCGAUUCAAUCCGAGUUCGGGAAAGUUCAAUGGACAGUGUUGCGUUUGAAGCCGAACUCUUGUCUCAAAUGAUUAUGAAAAAAGUAGUGAUGAAAUAUCAUUUUAUAAACUCACGAUCUUUUCCAGACGAUCAAAGCUUUGAAUUCGGUGACUAUGAAGGUUAGCGGAUUUUCGGAAUCUUUGAAAGUCAAGGCGGAGGAAGCACAAAGCGAUUUCCCAACACGACACGAUUGGGACUUGUUCUUUAUGAAAAAAAUAAAGUAUUUUAUUGCAUUCGAAUUUUUUUGAAAGUGAUUUUUAUCGGUUCAGAUGAACGAGACGAAGCCCGGCGAACGUCCAGAUACGGUUUAUUUGGCCAAGAUUCCGGUCAAAUGGUUCAAUGUGUUUUUUUCUGCUUCCAAUGGAAACAGCGGAUGAUUUUUCUUGUUUUUUUGCGAAUUUUUUUCGAAAGCGUUUUUUUAGUUUAGUUUGUUAGCUAGAUUUCUAUUGGACGUUUUGGUAUUUAAAAAAACUUCUUUUUUUAAAUUUAUAUAAGAUAUUUUUUUCAUUUUUUCACAAAAGGAACAGGAAUACUGUGGGAACAUGAUUUUUUUGAAUAAUUUUUUUAUUGAUUUUGUCGAAUUGAUCUAGAUUUUUGAUUUGUGAUGAGUUUUUUCAAUAAAUUUUGUAUAAUUUAAAUGAAGCCGUCUUGAAAAUUCUAGGUGGAAAAAGGGAGAAAAGUCGAAAAAAAUAAAUAAACAAAAUAUGUUUAUUCUUGGCGAAACUUUCGUUAAAAGGUCUAGGCUUCUUCAAACACUCCUUUAAAAUGAUUUUAACUUUUUUUUUUUUCGGAAAAAAAGAGUAUUUACAUAAAACUAAUUAUAAUGAAUGAUUUUGGAAGAAAAAAAUUGAAUUUUUAUACGUUAGUAAUUCGAAAACAUGAUUUAGUGCAAGAUUUCCAUGGAUAUAUCUUCUCAAUACUCCUUUUUUCUUACUUAUUUUACAUAUAAGUUUAUAAUUUCCUGUUUUGAAGGACGGCGUGAUCGAUUUGCCUUCGGAGAAUCGUUUGAAACGGGCCAUGGAACUCUUCGGGAAAGUUCGAGCCGUCGAUAUUCCAAUUUGCGACCCGCUGAGGCCGAUGAUGCCCGCCAAAAUUUCUGGCAUCAAGACCAAGGGUUUCGGCGUUCAUCAGGUUUGAUUUUUUGAUGAAAAAUAUGUGUUAUCUUUCGAAGGGAACUUGGAAAAUGACUGAAAACUGCCCCAAAGCAUUUUAGAAGGUUAUUUUGAAAAAAAAGGUAAAUGAUCUUUAUCAAGUUUAGUUCCGUUGGUUUUUUUUUGAGUCCUAUAAAAGCCUAAAAAUGGUCCCAAAACACUGUAGAAUGUUGUUUUUAUUAUCAUUUUUUUGAUGAAAAUAAUUAAAUGAUGGGUUUUUAAAAGACUUGGAACGUGUUUCUUAUUUUCUCGUGAAGCUUGAAAAGGGCCUGAAAAGGGUCCCAAAGCCUUUUAGAAUGUUGUUCAUUUGAAAAUAAAAAGCGGUGUUUAUCAAGUUUCAUUUUGUAGAUUUUAUUAUUUUUUUAUUUUUUAUCAUUCAAAGGAAGCUUAAAAAAAUGUCCAAAAAAAGUUUCAAGAUUUUUUUAGAAAGUUAUUGAAAUUAAAAAUAAAAUAAAGAAAUGAGUAGUCUUUAUCAGGUUUCACAUUGUUGAUUUUUGAAUUGAAAUGUGCUUUUUUUCCUAGUGAAACUUGAAAAAAAUACCUGAAAAUAUUCUAAAGCUGUUUAGGAAGUUGAUUUUUCCUUUGAAAAAAAUAAAUGAAUAAUCUUUUUAAAGACUUAGCUUUUUUUCGGUUAUGUGUUAUCCUUCGAAUGAAAUUUUUAAAAAAACUUGGAAAUAAAUCAUUAAACAAUAAAAAAAUUUUUGGUAAAAAAACUGCGUUUCUUCAUUUUUUUAUAGUUUACUUCAAGUAAAAAGCCUUUGUUCUGUAAUUUUUGGAUUUUUUUAGUUCAAAAAUAAUACGGCAUUACAAUGUUAAUUUUAACUUUUUUGCUCCUUUUUCUCUGCAUUUUUAUUCUUUAAGAACCUCUUCUUCGAAGCCUACGUCCAAUACAUGGAAUACAAAGGUUUUGCGACGGCGAUGGAUCAGCUGAGGAAUAAAAAAUGGGCGAAAAGGAUUGAUGGGAAAUUUUUCCAGGCCGCUGUCAAGGUUUCUUUUUCGGUUAUUUUUUCGUGAAAAUGGCAAAAUUCAGUCAUUUUCAUUGGAAAAAAUGAAGCUAAAUGUUUCAAUAUGCAUUUUAAAAAUAAAAUUAUUGCUUCUUGUUUAGAAUUCUAUUCAAAAUUUGAACUUUUUUUCAGGGAGAAACUAUUAUUUUUUUAGACCUUUUUCAAAAGUUUAUCCAUUUUUUUGUUAAGAACCACUUUUACCUGAAAAAAAAUUCUGAUUUUUUUCAAAAAUUUUUUUAUACCGCCACACGAAUCUCUCCGCUCCACACAAACGACGCCUCUCGUAUAGGUUUGACUUUUUGCAAAAAAAUAAAAAAAUGUAUUGAAAUAUUUCUCGAGGUGGACUUUGACCGGACGAGCCACCUCAGUGAGACGAUGAUUUUGAACCGUCUGGAUGAGAGGAGAAGGAUUCUCAACGAGAAAUUGAAGAAAGAGGAGGACGAACAGACCGCCAGGUUCCUCGUUUCCUCAUUGGACUUCAUCGAGAUUUUUGAGAGAUUGAAAUAAAUUGAUAGAUAUUCAAGCUUGAUGAGAAUGCUCUUUGUAUCCGAGUGAGAUAAUUAUCCAGAUUUCUGAACUUUCUUUGGAAAAAAAAUAAUAAAUUUUUUCUCAACAAAAGUCUUCCUCGGAUUUUUCAAAUGAACCGGGGGCUUUCAAAACUUUAAAGGACACCUUAAAAUGAGUCUUCGCCUUGAGACCUUCAUGAAGUUUGCCCAUGCGCCUUUAAAAUUUUCCCAGCGGAAAAAAUUUUUUAAACCUUCACAAAAUUUUUUUGACGACCAAAAAUGAAAUUAUCAGUCUUGAAGGAAUGGUCUGACGUUCCAUUAUUUUUACUAAAAAAAUAUUUUGAUCAACUUCCUAAAGUUAAUAUUCUCUAAGAAGCUCACAAGCUUAAAAAAGGCUCUAAAAAUCAGAAAACAAAUGAUUCAUUCCUACAAAAAACCGAAAAAGACGAUAUUUACUUGAAUCACAACAUGUUGAGCCAUUCCAAAUGCGGUUCUGGGACUUUUUCAAGAUUUUCUCAUAAUAUUUUUUUAGGGACUUUAAUGUGUUUUGUUCAAUUUUAUGUUGUUUUUAAAACGUAACUUGAAAAAAUUUGGUCAUUUCCAUUCCUAUGGAACCCUUUUUUCCUACCAUUUCUGAGGAACAUUAUCCCAAAACCACGGACCUGUAAUUAAUUUUCAUUCAAUGUUUCCAUAGUCAAAAAAAAUGCUAUAUCUAGGUUCAAAGUAUUCGUUUUAUAUCUAAAUCACUCUAAAUUUACGCAACUCUUGUUUUAGAGUAUUGGAAGAACUCAAGCAAAAACAAGAGGAAGAUGAGAAAGAACAGCGGCGAGAGGAAAGAGAACGGAAAAGAAGGGAAAAGGUUCCUUUUUCGAUACAAUUUUCCUGAACUUCGAUUUUAUCAUCAUUUUUCAGAAAGAACUCGAAAGACAGCAGGAAAUCGAAAGACAGAGAUUGGAAGCGGAAAAUCUUGAAAUGGAACGGAGGGCGAAGCAGAGGAGAAUCCUGGAGUCGCAGAGGCUUCUGGAAUAUGUCUUCGAGAGGAUCUCUGUCAGUAAUUUUGUUAUAAAUCAUUGAAUUUUUUUGUUCCUAGGCGAAGGAAGAGAGGAAGAAAAAUGCGCGAGGAGGAACAGCUGCGACAGGUCUUGAAAAAGGUAAUUAAUCGUGAAUUCGAAAAAAAUAAUCCCUUCAGAAAAGCUGUUGUAAAUUUCACUGUGAACUCUGGAUUUUUUUGAAAUUUUUGAAGUUAUAACUAUCAUUUUAAGAAGUGAAAGCUUCAGAAAUUGGCCAACUUGGAAAAGAUCCGAAAUUUUGAAUUUAUCGGUUUCAAGAGUCGAAGAAAUCUCUGGAGAAAAAUUGACGUGGUGGAAAUUGAAGAAAGUUUCCUUUUUUAUGAGAUGAUCAAAAACCCCAAUCUGCUAAGUUCUUUUUCAGUAUCCUCCCUCAAAAAUGUUGAUUCAACUAACCAAAAAACCUAGUUAAAAACAAUCAAGAAGCUUAGAAGUGGAAAAAGAAACAUAUGUUGGUUGGAUCCCACCCCGGGGUGCGGCCUACCUCCUCCCGAAAAAUGCGGCCUCCCCCCCUCCCAAAAAUUGCGGCCUACCCCCCGGAAAGUGCGGCCUACCCCACGGAAAGUGCGGCCUACCACCGUAAAGUGCGGCCUAUUUCAGUCCAUUUUCGAAUUUUUUUUUCGCGCUCAAAAGGCUGGAAUGGGAUCCAGCCGAUGUAUGAAAAGAAAGCAAAUGUUUCACUUUGAAGUGAGAAAAGAUUGGAAUAUCGCUCGCCCCAAGACUGGAAAAGUCGAUUGAUCCACUUCUCAGGGCUCUACUGUUGGACUGAGAUCUCCGAAAAUGAUAGAUAAACAUUUUUUCGAGUGAUAAAGAUGUUCUUGGUAGUCCCGAGAUGUUUCAGCUACUGAGUACAACUUUAUAUCUUCAUUUUCCCAAAUUCAGAUCGACGAUUUGGAAGAGCAGCCGGUUGA